ACUGCAGUCAAAAUUACCAAUUGGUAUUAUGGUAACAUGUCUCUUGGAAUCUGAAAUGCUGUACAUGGAACAAACUAUGAACUUUUGAAGGAUGGAAACUGACAAAAAGUUGCCACCAGAUGGCACUGUUUCUGCAUCCUCCACAAAUACAACCAGGGGAAGAGAACAGCCAGGCAAACAACAUACCACAACACUGACACCAGAUGGCGCUGUGGCUGGAUCCCCUGCAGGUUCUUCUGUGGUGACCAGGAAAAGAAAGAAGCAGGGGCGACAACGUACUACAACACUGACACCAGGUGGCGCUGUGGCUGGAUCCCCUGCAGAUACUCUCACUGCCACAGAAUCAAGACAGCAGCAGGGGAGACAACCCACAACAACACUGACACCAGAUGACACUGUGGCUAGACCUUCCACAGAUACUCUCACUGCCUCAGAGGAAAGACAGCAGCAGGGGAGACAACCCACUACAACACUGACACCAGAUGGCGCUGUAGCUAGACCUUCCACAUAUACUGUCACUGCCACAGAGGGAAGUCAGCAGCAGGGGAGACAACCCACUACAACACUGACACCAGAUCGCACAGUGGCUAGACCUUCCACAGAUACUCUCACUGCCACAGAAGCAAGACAGCAGCAGGGGAGACAACUCACUACAACACUGACACCAGAUGACACUGUGGCUAGACCUUCCACAGAUACUCUCACUGCCUCAGAGGAAAGACAGCAGCAGGGGAGACAACCCAAAACAACACUAACACCAGAUGACGCUGUGGCUAGACCUUCCAUGGACACUGUCAUUGUCAGAGAGGGAAGUCAGCAGCAGGGGAUACAAUCCUUUUCAGCAACCACACACAACUACCUACCAGGUUGUACAGUUUCACAUUAUGACAUGUCCAACUCCUCCAACAUUGCAGUCGGAGACAGAGGACAUCGAGGCUGUAUAUCACAAGAGAGCCUCAGCAUAAGGAUGAACCAGCUCAGUGAUAUGUUAGUGGCAACCUGUGCUCUUCACGAAGCAGAAGAUCUUCUGAAGAGGUACAGCCACGUUGCAAUCUGUGGAGCCCCUGGAGAUGGGAAGACUACUGCUGCUCUCAGGAUCUGUGAAACGUAUUUGAAGAAAAACUAUCAAGUAUUGUUUGUUGAAAAUAUUGAAGAGUUUGACAUUGAUGUCAUCAUUAAGCGAAAGUAUGACAUGCUGGUUGUGUUUGAUGAUAUCUUUGGUUCUGUUGCAUUUCCUAGCAGCUUGGAGAAAUUACGUAAAGUGUUCAAUGCCUUGGUUGAUAUUUUACUUCGAUUUAAAAGAGACGAGGAGCUAGCAGCCAAGGAAGGAAGAAAGAAGAAGAAAGUGAAGAAAAGUAUGAUGAAAAACGAAGAUGAGAAGCAACGUAAUGAUGAAACGACACAAAACUGCAACUACAAGCUUCGCUUCAUUUUCACAUCCAGGAACUACAACUGGAAUGAGGGCUGUGCAAGACUCCAUCAGUUCAAAGUAAAUCUUUUUAAACCUGAAACCAUUGUUGAUAUGAUCAAGACAUGUUUAACCACUGAAGAAAAGAAACAGAUCAUGACAUUGUUCAGGACCAGAAGCCAAAUCUGCAGUAUCUCCGAUAAGGACAUGAAAACUAUUACAGAGUUAAAAGACAGCAUGUUUGGAUAUCCUUUGACCUGUAAACUGUACUUCACCAACCAAGCGUUCCAGAUACAUAGUCUUGGGGACUUUUUCCUGAAACCAGUGAUAUACCUGAGAGAUGACCUUGACGCCAUUGUCCGUGAAGGCAGCAGCAGAUCGGCUGCUCUGAUUCUCCUGGUCCUGUGUGGAGGGAAACUGGACCUUGCCUCCUUGACGUGUGGGACAGACAAGAAGGUCACAGAUCUGUUUCAUGUUGUAAAGGAGAAGGUAGCACCAUGCACCGAUACAGACAUAGAGAGAGAGAUCAGCAAUUUUACUGGCACCUACUGUGUAGUGGAGAAUCAUGUGGCCUCCUUUUUACAUCCAGCGAUCCAUGAUGCUUCAGCAUGUGCUUUUGGGAAUCUCAACAGUGUUUUAUUAGUAAAACACUGUUCCCUUCAGUUUGUGUAUGAAAGGGUUAGACCAAGCAUGACUGAUGCUCGACAGACAACCCAAGUUGAUGAUGUGGAAAACAUUAUCUACAUCACUUCUCGUCUUUACCAAUUGAUGAUCACUAGGUUAGUGAAAGGUAUCCGUGAAGAUUGCUUUAGAUGGACAGUAGGACAUCCUGUAUUCAGAAACGAUGAAUUAGCAUCCUCACUGAUGACGGAACUGGAAAAUGACUUGCCUGAUUUAGUCCUCCGAAAGGACAGCACAUCUGGUGAAAGUUUUCUAUACUGGACUUCCCUGUCUAAUAAUGGUUUACUGUUCAGUCAGUCAUUAUUACUGAUGAGUGAAAAGAAAACUCUUUCCCCUGAAAAUGUCAAUGACCUGUAUGAGAGUAUGUCAGGUUGUAUAAAGGCUGGCAAGGUGGGGAACCUGCAACGUAUUGUUGAUGUGCUAAAGCACCAUGGAGAAUAUCAUGCAGACAGAAGGAUGGUGUCAGACAAAACACUGCUCAUAAUUGCUGCAGAGGCUGGACAGUUGGAUGUGUUCAACUUUCUACUGCAAGAAGGAGCAAAUGCUUUACUAAGGGACAAUGAAGGGAACAGCUGCCUUCAUCAUGCAUGCAAUUCAGGAAACAUAGAUAUUGUGAAAAUUGUUGUGGAAAGGUUUCCAGAUAUGACUGAUGAUCGUAAUAAUCAGGGUUUCACAUCUACACUGUUGUGUGCUGAGACAGGACAGGAGGAGCCCCUCAAGUACCUGGUGUCACAUGGUGCUUCUCUCUCUCUUAAGACAUCUGGAUUUCAGAGUUGUUUAUAUGUGGCGUGUGCAAGUGGUCAUUUAUUAACUGUCAGAUAUUUGUUGUCUUGUGGACUUAUCGACGUUAAUGAAAAAAACAAUAGUAAACAGAACGCCGAUUAUGAUGGCUGCUGA